AGAAGCCAUUUCCGUCUCCUUCUCCGUUGCCUUCUCUUCUCUUCUCUUCUCUUCUCUUCUCUCUCUCUCUCUCUCUCUUCUCUACAAAAGUUCAUCAAUGGCUCUUCCUCACCAUUUAGAUCCACACCUUCAAGAUUCCAAGAAUUUCAGGGAAUUUUGCGGAAUCGACGGCCAGAUUUCGCCGGAAUUAGGGUUUGACAGCUCUGCAAACCUCCAUAAUCAAUCUCAGCAUCCUCCAUAUAUUCCUCCAUUUCAUGUUGCUGAUUUUGCACCUGGACCGGUAGUGCAAAUUGAUGGUUCUGAUGGUGGUGGUGGUGGUGGUAAUGGAGCUGACUUUGAGUGGAACUAUGGUCUUGGUCUUGAGCCAAGACGUGAGAGGGUAAUUAAGGAACAAGAUUUUUUGGAGAACAAUUCUCAGAUAUCUUCUAUUGAUUUUUGGCAAGCUCGGUCUGUAUCAACCGGAUUGGGUCUUUCCCUAGACAAUGCUCGUGUUGCUGAUGUGCAGGUUUUGUGGUGUAAGAGACGUGUGUAUGUUGUUGCUGCCAUGUAAGCAUAUGUGUCUGUGUAAGGAGUGUGAGAGGAAGCUUAGCUCUUGUCCGUUGUGUCAGUCCUCCAAGUUUCUAGGUCUGGAAGUAUACAUGUGAUUUGUGAUUUUACCGAACUAAUGUCUAAUUAGUUAAUGAACGAACUCUAUUUGUAAUUUUCGUGUCUUUUUUUUUUGUUUUUUUUUUGGUUUGUUAAUAUCAUCGGAUUGACAUAUUUAAUCAUACUAGACCGGAUUGGUUGAAUCUAUGUUGAUCCAGUCAUUGUGUA